AUAAAAUCACCCUAAAUGGCAUCUGUGACAGUUACCUAUAACAAAACAAGGGAUGUAUCACCAGCAAACAUGAACACAGAGGCAGGUUUCUCUCACGAUAGCUUGGUCUCUUCAGAUAAAGAUAGUGAUUUCGACCUCUUCUUUCAAUCACCAAAACAGAUUCAAAUAUCCAGGGCGGAUGGAGCAGACAGGAAUUUAAAUUUUAACUCUGUAGGAUUGGACUCAUGUAAAUACUCAAUAUAUGAACAAGUAUUAUACAGUGUCCAGAUGCCUCACAAUAAAGAUUUUUCAAAUGAGAAUUCAGAUGCCAUCGGCUCACCAAGAAUGAGAAGAAGAAUCGCCCUGGAAACACUUAAGGAAGAGAGAAAAGAAAAGUGAGUUAUUAGCAGAAAUGCUUACGAGAAGAAAAUGAAAGCGAUGUCGAAAAUGGUUUCCACUUUGCUGUACUACCGUAUCUGAUAUUCACACUUCAAUGUUGAAAAACCAACAGAAAAUGCACUAAUGUUCAAUGAAGGAAUGUUUCUUCCUUCAAAGAGGAGCAUAAGAACAACAUGUGAUUACCCAAUGACGACCACAUUCCCUAUUUUCCAAUUCACUGUUGCUAAAACUGAGCACUCAGAGAUCUGUAAAGAUCCUAAAGGAUCUGAGGAGGUUGAACAGAGUUGCUUUUUAAAAUUACAUAAAUGACAUCACCCAAAGAAUAUUGACAAGAAAGUUAGAGAUAAAUAUCGAUAUUUACAAAAAGAGAUCAAAGACUUCAUAACUGGGAUUUUUACCGAACUGAGUCUCGACUCGGAAUGAAUCCUCACAACUCUGAUUUACCUUGAAAGACUUAUCUCAAAGGCAAAGCUAGAGCUACGUGCUAGCAACUGGAAGCCAUUGGUCCUUACCAGUAUCAUCCUAUCCUGUAAAUACUGGGAGGAUUGUUGCUUCUGGAACUGUGAUUUCCUGGAGUUUUGUAAGUACUCAAUUCCAGGUUUGAACCUGAUGGAGACCAGGUUCAUCACCCUCAUAAACUUCGAUUUUUCGAUAUCUUCAUCCCUCUUCGCCAAGUACUACAGGAAGGUGAACAAGAUGUACAUAGAGUCCACCAAGUUCGAGGACAAGCUCAAGAAGAAGACGAGGUAUCGAAAAUAAUUCCUUAAAA